AUUUUUAUUCUUAAUUUUUUAAAUUGGGAUAAAUAAUCAGUGAUUCAUUCAACUUCCAGUUGUCAGUUCCAGUUUGCUUUUGUGGAAUUAUUUGAGAAUUUCUAGAUUUCCUCUCUCUCACUUUCGCUGUUUGAUUAAUGAUUUAAUUUUAUAAAUAGAGUGAGAAGAGAGCAAAGCUGCAACCUUUCCAGGAUAUACCUUCUUCUUCUUCUUCUGUCUGUCUCUUCCGUUAAUUUCCCAUUGUUGUUUGUACAUUGUUUUCUUCAUGGCGGAUCUGAAUCCAUUGUUGGCAGCUUCAACUCUUGCAGACCCCACCCCUGGAGAACGUCCGUUGAACCGGCGCACGCCCACCAAAGUGCUCCUCGUGGCCUUUUGUGGGUUGUUGAUGGUCGGUUUUUUUGUUGCAUUAGUAAACGACCAGGGAUCAUUAAGUAAUGCCAAUUCAAAAUAUGAACGUAAUGAAGAUCAUAAGCCAUCAUUCCAACCUGAGAUGGUACGCCCAUUGGAUCGUGGGGUGUUGUCCGGCGUCUCCGACAAGUCCAACCGAUGGCUCGGUGCCAAUGUCCGGUCUUACCCAUGGAACAACACCGUCCUGUCAUGGCAAAGAACAGCAUUCCAUUUUCAGCCGAAAAAGAAUUGGAUGAAUGACCCUAAUGGUCCAGUUUUCUACAAGGGAUGGUAUCACUUGUUUUACCAGUACAACCCAAAUGCUGCAGUGUGGGGUGACAUUAUCUGGGGUCAUGCUGUGUCAAGGGACAUGGUGCAUUGGCUUCAUCUCCCUGAGGCCAUCUUUGCUGAUCAAUGGUUUGACAUUAACGGCGUUUGGACAGGCUCAGCCACAGUCCUUCCUGAUGGUAAACUCAUAAUGCUCUACACUGGCUCCACCAAUGAGUCCAUCCAGGUUCAAAAUCUUGCAUAUCCAGCUGACCCGUCUGACCCUCUCCUCAUCAAUUGGAUCAAAUAUUCCGGCAACCCUGUUCUAGUCCCCCCACCAGGGAUUGGUCCAAAGGAUUUCCGAGAUCCAACAACAGCUUGGUACACUUCUCAAGGGAAGUGGCGUAUUACUAUUGGCUCCAAGAUUAAUAAAACUGGCAUAUCUUUGGUUUAUGAAACUGAAGAUUUCAUCAAUUAUAAGCUGUUGGAUAAAAAAUUGCAUAGUGUCCCAGGCACAGGGAUGUGGGAGUGUGUGGAUUUUUAUCCUGUCUCAACAACAAUAGAAAAUGGGUUGGAUACAUCAGUCAAUGGCCCUGGAGUGAAGCAUGUUAUGAAGACAAGCCUGGAUAAUGAUAGACAUGACUACUAUGCACUUGGUACUUAUUAUGAGAAGAAUAGUACAUGGAUUCCGGAUAAUCCCAAGAUUGAUGUUGGAAUUGGAUUUAGAUAUGAUUAUGGGGUUUUCUAUGCAUCCAAGACCUUUUAUGAUCAGCAUACUGGUAGGAGAAUUUUGUGGGGUUGGGUUGGAGAAUCUGAUAGUGAAACUGCAGAUGUCAAGAAGGGGUGGGCAUCACUUCAAGGCGUUCCAAGGACAGUGGCAUUAGACCAAAAAACUGGAAGCAGUCUUAUACAAUGGCCAGUGAAGGAGGUGAAUAGUUUAAGAUUGACCAGCAGGGAAUUUGACAAUGUGGAGCUCAAGCCAGGGUCAGUGGUACCACUUGAAGUUGGCCCAGCAGCUCAGUUGGAUAUAGUAGCCGAAUUUGACUUAGACAUGGAGGCUCCGAACAGAACGUCUGCAUCCGAUGUAGAGUUCAGCUGCAGUAGCAGUGGGGGUGCUGCAGAACGCGGCGCAUUUGGACCCUUUGGCCUUUUGGUUCUGGCCGAUGAACACCUCUCUGAACAGACCCCCGUAUAUUUCUAUGUUGCAAAACAAAAAGACGGAAAUCUCCAAACUUUCUACUGCACUGAUCAAUCGAGGUCUUCAGAGGCUAGUGAUGUUAACAAAAGUAUCUAUGGAAGCUUUGUUCCAGUACUAAAAGGAGAAAAAUUGUCAUUGAGAGUAUUGGUGGAUCAUUCAAUAGUAGAAGGGUUUGCUCAAGGUGGAAGAACCUGUAUAACAGCAAGAGUGUAUCCAACAAAGGCAAUAUAUGGAGAAGCAAGAGUGUUUUUGUUCAACAAUGCAACUGAGACAAGUGUUGCUUCUUCACUAAAGAUUUGGCACUUGAACUCUGCAUUCAUCCGUCCAUUUUCCAAUGACGCCCAUUAAACCUUUUUUCUCUUUUAAUUUGAUAUUGUUUGUAUCCAACCACAUGUUGGCAAGGGAAAAGUAUUAUCAAAGCUAGCUAAUAGAGGGUAAAGUGUGAUUUGAAAUAGAUCUCAAAGUGAGGAUGAUGUGAACUAGCCGUUCUCGUUUUCAAUUGUAGAAAUUUAAUUGGAAAGCGCAUUUCUUUGUUUUA